AUGUGGUUAGUUGCGAAAAACAGUUCCCUGCUGUCACCUGAUCUGACGCUGAUCAUUUUACAUAUUGCCUUAAGAAAUUUAAGGGUAUUGGAGUCCAUCGGGCCGAGAACCUCGAUACAUAUUGACAAGAAUUCCAUCGAGGAGAGGGCGUUCGCAUAUUUUUUCAUUUUCUCGUCCGCUGCCCUGGCCGCGGCCAAACCGCAUUCUUUACUUGUCAGGUUUACAUAUCGUUCGGCAAGGGUGCCAGGGACCGUUAACAUCCCACGCCAAACAUCUGCCGGCUCUCCAAGGGCGGUGCGCAGGGCUCCGUCAAAUUCACCCAAUUUAGAAGGGUCAAUGUGUUUGGAUGUACGCAGGACGUUCAUCAAUUUGGGCAAACUGAGGGCAUUGCGGAUAAUAGUCAAGGCAUCAUGGGCCGAAAGACAGGAAACACGACCCAGGGCGAAUUUAAGCUCAGAGAGCUUUUGA